GCACCACUGAAACCGGCUCUUCCAGGGCCCUUCCCUUUAACACCCCGGUGGAACAGUGAACUUAUAUAAUUAUUUUUUGUUUUAUGUCGGCGGACAUAAACUUGGGUCGCAACAACGCUAACAGUCAGCGACGGCUGGAGUCUAGCAUCAACCUGUCUGUCUACACAGCAAAACGGAUGCAUGCACUGUAUCAAUAUUGGAAAAAAGAAGAUAAGACAAUACGAACUUACUUUAGGAAGAUACAUUGUUUCUAGAGAAAGACAUACCGAACUCUCAGAGGACAAAAGGGGUGGACGAGAAAAUAAUAGACAAAGCCGACCGAGAAACAGGCGAAGAGAAAGGAGAGAGUGAGACAGGGGAAUGCGGUGAAAAUAGACCUAAUUCGGAGUGGUUGUCAGCUUCUUUUCUUUGUUAACCUCUUCGCGAUUUUCUUGUUCAUGGAUAUGUCACAAUAAUUUUCUCCGAAGGAGUGUAGACACUUGAAAAUAUCUGUCUUGAAAACAGUUUUUUUUCCCCUUGACGCAUACAAAUACAGUGUGAGAAGGGUAUUUACUUUUCUAUCAGGAGAUUGUCAGGGGAAGGGAGAGAGGGAGAGACACAGACAAAAAGUCUAUCUUUCUCUCUCUCUCUCUUUCUCUUUUUGUCUCCUGUCCGGCAAAUAGAUUAACAGUAACAACACAGAAGACUUACUGCUUUGCUCCCGCACCCCCGUCCAAUAAGUAGACCACAACCUCUUUGCCCCCUUUCCUCUUCUUCAGUCAUGACCUCCCCCUCCCCACCCCUCCCCUCCCCUUCUCCCUGCCCCCCUCCCCCGCCAUCUCUCCCCUCCUCCCCUACCCCAUCGUCUCCCGCCCCCUCCACCCUUCCUCCCCCUCCCUCUCUCCCUCCCACGGGAGAGGUGAUGAUCCUGGCGCUGGGGAGGAAGAAGCAGCGACUUCUCCUCUGUCUCUCGGUCCUGCCCAACCUCUUCCUGUCAUUCCUGCUUUCCUCCGACCCCCUCCUCACUCUGUCCUCGCCCCACCACUGCCGCCUCCCCGCGCCCUCCCCGCCCCCUCAGCUCCUCAAUUCCUCCCUGCCCUGGGAGCACGCUGACAUGGAGGGUCAGGCGGGGGGGUGGUCGCAGUGCAAGCAGUACCAGUUUGUCAACGGCACCCAGUCUGGCGUGGUGGGCUGCGAGGACGGCUGGGACUACAAUGUGACCGAAGGCCUGAGGAACAACAUAGUCACAGAGUGGGAUCUGGUGUGUGGUCAGUACUGGCUGGUGCCUGUGGAGGAGGUGUGCUUCAUCCUGGGAAUCCUCACCGGGUGCCUGGUCCUGGGCUACACUGCUGACAGGCUGGGCAGAUUGAAGACUCUGCUUACUUCCCUUACCCUGUCAGUUAUUUUUGGAGUGCUGGUGUGUGUCUCUCCCUCGCCUUCCGUCUUCAUCAUCACACGGUUCUGCCUUGCAGCGGCAACUGCCGGAGUCUACCUCACACUCUACAUCACACGUUUGGAACUUUGUGACCCAUCGCUAAGGCUGCUGGUCACCAUGGUGGCAGGCCUUACAACAGUUGCUGGGGAGUUGCUGUUGCUUGGCGUAGCUCUGGGAUGCCAGUCCUGGAGGGGACUGCUUGGAGCAGGGACUGCACCUCUCUCUCUCUUCCUGAGCUAUGGUGCACCAGGUGUGUUUCCCGAGUCUCCACGCUGGCUCCUUCUCACAGAGCGAUCCUCAGACCUGCACUCCUUCAGCGAGCGGAGAGAGAGAGAGAGGGAUGAUGAAAGCUUCACAGAGCUGGAGUCGGACCCGCCCCCCUCCAGCCGCCCGCACCUCUCCUUCCCCGAGCUUCUGCACAGCAGGAACAUCUGGAAGAAUAUGUGCGUGCUGGGGUUCACCUCGUUAAUCUCUCACGGAAUCAGUCACUGUUACAGCUCGUUCCGACGUGACGUCAAAGGCACGGCCCCCAGUUUCUAUUGGACUUACCUGCUUUCUGUGUGUGCGGGCGGUGCUGCCUGGCUGUUGCUGUGGGCCACUGUGGACAGGUGUGGUCGCCGUGGCAUCCUGCUUCUGGCAAUGACGAUGACAGGUCUGGCCUCUCUGAUUCUGCUGGGGCUCACUGAGUAUCUCAGUGGGUCGGCCAUUACGGUUUUCUCAGUGCUCGGCCUCUUCUCCUCCCAGGCCGCAGCCUCCCUCUGCAUCCUCUUCACAGCUGAGGUCAUCCCAACGGUCAUCCGAGGCAGCGGAGUUGGCCUGGUCAUGGGUCUGGGCUGCGUGGGCCGCCUCAGCUCUCCGCUCAUGGACCUGUGGAAUCACUACGGCUACUUCCUCCACCACGUGGUGUACUCUUCCCUGGCCCUGCUGGCCGUGCUGUCCAUCCUGCUGCUGCCCGAGAGCAAGAGGAAGCCCCUGCCCCAGACGCUGGCCGACGGGGAGCAGUACCGGCGCCCCCCGCUGGGCCGGAGGAGGAGGGACAACGUGCCCCUCCUGGCCACGCCCAACCCGGAGACCUAGCGCCUGGCCGCGCUCCUCUGCCACAGCCGCCCGCCAGAGCAUCACAGACGCCCGCGCAGCGCAGAGAGCGGGAAACUCUGCUGCCAGGCGAUGCUGGCCACGCAGGCGAAGAGAAGGGUGGGGCUGGCGGCGGGGGUGGGGGGGGGGGGCGGGCUGGUGUGGAGUUGCACAGUCUACUUCUGAUACUUCUGGUAACAUAUCACAUUCUAGUCUUUUAAUAACAUUGAUGGGGUCGUGCAUCUUUCAUGGCGCGCCACUUGCGCGACACAGCGCUAGGGUACUCGGCCUCAGCAGUAGCUCAUAGAGAGAGCUCACAGCAACACAUCUUACACCGCACGCUGCUGACCCUCCCUCCGUACUGACAGGCUGCAUCCUGUCUGUACGAGCCAUGCCUCCGAGGAUAACACUGCUGCUUUUUACUCGAGUACAACAGUGCCCCCUUGUGGAGCCUCAUUGAUAUACAUAUCAUUAAAAGCAUCAGAGACAUGUUAUAUAGAGAGCGUGAAGGUGGGGGCCUCUCGGGUUUCCCAUUGCAGGAAACACACUCGAGGCAAUGACAGGAAGUGCACAGAGCCCAUUGUGUAAAUAUGGUAGACAUAGCCCCCAGUUCAUGAGCGGUAACUCACACAGUUCCCCUUCUGAUACUGAAGGCGAUUGAGACAAAGGCACUAACAAUACGUUUUGCUGCAGGUACAGUGUACAAUGCUUAGGCGAUAGGCAGCACACUGAGACACUGAGGCCACUGGGCUGCAUACGGCCUAUUCUGAUUCGCUGAGGUUCUUUAUGCCAGAAUUUAUACUCUAAACAUGAGACGGCUGAAACACAUGGAACUAAAACAAAAGAUCUCCUUUGAUACGGUUUCACAUAUCAGGAAUGAGAGAGAAUCAUUAAAACACAAUUUUUUUUUUUUUCUAGGCACUUUUUUGUCGUCCUUGAAAUGAAGGUGUUCACUUGUGUUUCUGUUCCUUACUUUGUACUGAGGUUUUCUCUCCAUGGGCUGGACUUUAUGAUAUAAGCAACCAGACUGAACACAGAGAGUGUAUCUCCAGAGCUGAACAACCCCCCCCCCCCUCCACAGUAGCAUUUACCCAGGUCCAGACUCUUCUGUGUCUAGCAAAUCAAUACUGUGUAUGUCCCUUAAAAUCCAAGUCUUGGAAAGUUUGAAGUUGAAAUAUUUUGUUGAAAACCUAUUCUUAUUGUUUAAUUUAUUUGUUCUGCCAUCAACAGUUGAGUUGGAUUUUUUUUUUUAAAGAUUGUGUCAUUGGUACCAAUCAGAAGCUGUUGAAAUUAAUGUAGCAUUUUAUUGCCAAAUGCUGGCAACUAAUGACAGAGUUUGUAUUGAUAUCGCUUAAGCAGCCCCUUGGAAUAUGCAGAGUGGAGCAGCAGGAGACAAUAGCAUAUUAUAUGGUACUUCUACUACAUGCUACAUGUAUAUGAUUCAGAUACAAAGCUCUCCUCACUUCUCCUUGAUUAGAUUAUUAUCCAUCAUUAUAGAUACUGUCUAAUUCUUGUCUGCUAGGUUGAAUUUGUAAAAUGGCAUUUCAUUCAAACUCAGAAUUCUUUUCUGCCUUCUCUCAUGGAAAGAAGAAUGCCUUGACAAAAGUUACAAGGGAUAUGGCUAUGGCAAAGUCUUCUGGCUUGUUUUACAAAUCUAGGUAAUUGGUUUGCUAGCUAGCUCACAUUGUCUGGGAUUGCAUUAAAUAGGCUGGUAAAUGCAUGUGUUGCUGGGAGCUUAAAAAAUUUAUAUUUAAAUAAGUGCAAUUUGAAAUAUACACCGAUCAGCCGCAACAUUAAAACCACCUGCCUAAUAUUGUGUAGGUCCCCCUUGUGCCGCCAAAACAGCUCUGACCCUUCGAGAGUUUUUAAAAUCAUGUGGAAAUAAUUCACCCUCUAACAAUAUCGUAGCUUUUUAUAGCCCUGUAGCAACUAAUAAUGUAAUAAACUACCUAUGGUGUAAUAACUCCCAAUAAUGUAAUGUAUUUCAAAUUUUUUAUGUAAUAAAAACCAAUAAUGUAAUAAGUAGUAGUAGUAGUAGUGUACUUUAUUGAUCCCCGGGGGGAAUUUGCACUGUUGCAGCAUCAAAGACAACAAAGUAACACAAUCAGAUACAAAUUUACAAUAGAUACAAAAUAUCAGAUACAAAUAUACAGUAGAUACAAAUAUAUACAGAAAUCCAAAUAUACCAGAGGACACCUUUAGGGGUUGAGUCUAUGCCUCGACGGGUCAGAGCUGUUUUGGCGGCACAAAGGGGACCUACACAAUAUUAGGUAGGUGGUUUUAAUGUUGUGGCUGAUCGGUGUAUUUAAGUGAACAAAACAUUCUUGCUAGGUUGUCAUGGCAGUAAAUAGUGGUAUUUUCCCAUGGCUAUACACUAGAUAUAUAAGCUAUUAAUGGUUACCAGGAUUAACUAUCUGCCUCAGAUGAAAAAAAAAUAUUAUACCUGGCUCACUGCCUUUUCAUUGUGGUCUUUCUUGAAUUUGAAAUUCUGAUCUUGGCUGUGACUUUACUAAAAUCCCUGCUGUAGUUAUUUAUUUUAUUUUUUACAAAUCAAAUUAUGAUUAAAUAUAUUUGUCAUUUAAACAAAGCCUGUGUUGUGAGACUUGGACUUUAAGAGAAAACAAUGCUGCAGAAUUGCAGUGUGUGUAGAGGUUCGGUUUUCUGAACGUGUCAGUAUAGUCACAUCGAUAGUACAUUUAACCUUUGAAAGUUUUGCCUCACUUGAAUCACGUACACAUCUGGAGGACAGGCUGAGUUGUCCUUUGAACUCAUCCAAGCUCCCCUCUAGAGAAAAGUAUUUGAAGCAUAUCAUGACUGGUUAGACUGAACACAUAGACUGAGCGUAUAAUGGGAAUGUAUGGGUUGAGUUGGGAGGUCAAUGGGGUGUCACCUGUCCUUAUUAAGUUCUCUUUCUGUCUUCAUUAGUUUCAUUUUGAUGCACUCAUAUUCUCAAAAUGGUAAUCAUAAUAAAUAACAAUGACAACAGUAAUAAAAUGUAUGACUCAAAUGGUUAUUGUUAUAUUAACUAUAAAGCAAGUGAUGUAAUUAUCUUAAUAAUUCUCUGAUCUGACUUAAUUGAAAAUAAACUAUAGAAAAAUUA